AUGCGGCGGUACAAGCCUAUGACGAUGAGGCUGUUCUGCUUGGUUGCGGUGUUAUCGGUCGUGGUGAUGUCGGUGGUGACAGGUGAUAAGGUGGAGGCGAGGAGCGUUUCGCGCGGGGUGAGGGGGGAGGAGGGCAAGCCGCGCGAUCUGUUCGAUCAGAUGCUUCACUCGUUGGCGAGCAAGUAUUUUCCUGGCUAUCGUGGCGCGCUUGGUGGGGAUAGCUUUUCCAGUUCAGGUGCACCGCUGCAGUGGAGCGUACAUCCACUUCCGAGGAAGCGACAGCUGAAUCUCAGCCCCUCGUCGUCGGCUGAAGACGAUAAUACUCCGUCUUCGGCUUCUUCUCUGUCCGGUUUGCUGGGCGGAGGCGGAGGAGGAGGAGGAAAUGCGAUCCCAGCAUCGGUCCUUGCUGCUGCUGCUGUCAACACUCCUUCUGCCAGUGCAAGCGGUAGUGCGACACAACCGAGUGCCACGGCUGGGAGCAACUCGGAUCGCUCUUCUGCUUCCGCUGCCCCUUCAGCUUCGGCGAGCAACUCCUCCCCAUCUACCUCUCCUCCCGCGAGCUCCGCCGCCGCUCCAUCGUCCGCUGUACCGCUGUCGAAGCUCAUCACAGCCAGCUCCUCGUCUCCCAGUUCUUCGACCAACACGGCGUCGAGGACAUCUACUACCGCCACGCCUACGCCCACCUCGACCUCGGACUCUUCCAAGUCCCCCUGGCUGCUCUCGCCGAAGCACAAGAUGUUCCCGCUCGUCGUCGCCGGCCUGGCGGCGGCGGGCCUUCUUGCGCUCAUGCUGCUCAUUGCGAUCGCACGCUGCAUCGCACACGACCAGCUGCGCCGUGACAACCUGCGCAAGAGCUAUGCAUUCGACGACGGUGCCCCCGCCAAACGCGGCAGCGGAGACCGGUUCACGUCGGGACCUCCUGGUAUGGCGGCAGCGCGCUCGCUCCGUCGGGCCAUGACAAAGAAGAAACAGCUGGGCAGCUUCGCGCGGCGAACACAGGACGGCAGCGUGCUCAUCGAGGUGGGCGACGAGGUGUUUGCUGUCCCCGCGCACCUUGCCGACAGCUACCGCGAAAAGAUCCUGCGCGAGAAGCGCUCGGCGUCGGACCUGACUGCCGUGUCCGAAGGCGGGUUGUUUGGAAACGUCAAGCCGAAGUACUUGAAUGACGGUGGGCCGGAUGGUGGGGAUGAAGAGCAAGCGCGAGCCGCGUAUGAUAACAUGCUCGAGGGUGGGGCGGGCGUGAGACGGUCGCUGAGCCAGAGGCUGGGUGACCGGCUGCGGUCGCUCACCACUGCCACGCCUGCUCCGCUAGCGGCGGUGCAGGAGAGACCAAUGGCCGAGAGAAACGCCUUCUCCUUCCACAGCCAGCACCAACAGAACGGCGCGAUUCGACAGAGCAAUCUGGCCGCACGCGCUCCCGUCGUCACCACUGGUGGCGCCGGCUGGGCAAUCCAGCAACGACAGGCCUCGCUCACCGCACCGCCUCCUCUGGCUCAACCUAAACCCUCCACACGCCGGGAAACGACCGAGCAAACGACACACGGCACAGCGAGAGUGUACGAACGCACGUCGGCGCCACCUCGACGACCGCCGCUGCAAGCGCCUGCCAAAACGCAGCCGCGCAAAGCCGCGCCCAAGCUCGAGCUCUCGCUGCUGGCCGAGAAGCUGGCCGACCUGGAGAAGCAGUCGCACGCCUCGUCCUCGCCGUCUUCGGCGCGAAGCAAGCUUCCGGUCGAAGCAAGGCUGACGCGCCUCCCGAGCUCGGGUGCGGGCACGUUCGGCGGGAGCCACACAAGCGUGUCGGACGCGUCGGAGCUCAGCGUCCCCGGCGCCUUCCCGCAACGCACCAAGUCGCUCCACAGGACCAAGUCGGUCAAGCCGCUCCUCCUCACCCCUACCGCCGACGUGGGCAGCUACCGCCACCGCCCGGCUGCUGCGCGCGCAAAGACCCAGCUCCAGCCCCGCUCCGCACUCGAGCGCAAACACAGCUCCGUCGCCCUCGCCUCGCCAACAAGGUUCACAGGGGACAACACCGCGCCCCGCGUUGUCGUCCACCCCGAAAGACCUCAGCCCGCCGCUACCCUCAGACCGCUCCCCGUUCCACCGCCGUUCACCUUGCCCAAGUGA